AUGUCUGCGCACGUAGAAGUUGUCUCGUCCGACUUGAGGCGAGUCAAAGUCAAAGUUUCACCCGGCACUUAUAUGAUUGAUGUCCUCAACGAGGCCACUAGAAAAUUGAAUCUUCCCAGCGACAAGUUUGAAUUAAAAUACAAGCAGAAGCUAGUUGACUUGAGUGGCCCCUACCGCACUUCUGGUUUGGGGCCGGGAGCUAAGCUCGAGCUCGUACAGAAGUCGAAGAGUGCUUCCGUCAUAUCAAUUGCGCUUGAUGUCAAUGGCAAGCGCUAUACCAAAAGACUACCCAACGACAUGACACUAUGGCAGAUACUACGCCAGUUCGAGACUGCCGAGAGAGGCCUAGUCAUCACGGGCCGCGGUGUUCCAAAAGGCGGUAACAGCGGCCAGUUGUAUUACGAGGCACCCGUUCUUAACAUUAUGGGCAGAGAAUAUUCGGCACUGGAAGACUUGCAAAAGACUCUUGCGCAAUGCGGUAUCAGUUCAGGGAGCAUAGUCAUUCGGCCAGUAUCUUACAGAUGUCGAGCCGGACAAGCCAAAGGCGAGGAAGCCAACGAGAGCACACCGGCGCCGGCGAAGCAAGAACUACCAGCUACUCCUCCGGAGGCUGAGUCCACGAGCACCAAACCGGUCACGCAAGAACUAACGGAGCCUACCACCGAUACAAAUCGUAUGGACGUCGACUCGCAGCCUGCUGCUGCUCCAGAAAACGCAUUCCUUCCUACAACUAUCUACUCCGCUCCGACUUCCUCCACUCCCGCAGCUGCGCUCACCCAUGAACCAGAUUCUGUCUACGAGCCAACCAUCGCCCACGCGCAGUCCUACCAACAACAGCUGCAGAAGAAGGCGCAGAAUACUCGGCUUAAGUCAGACGAAGAGCUCGCUGCCGACGCUGCCGCUGAGGCGGAGCGCCUAGCCAAGAUCACUAAGGUUGAGAUAAAAGUUCGCUUCCCAGACCAAACUUCAGCCGUCUGGACGGUCACCCCAGACAAGACAGGCAAGUUCCUGUACCAGGCAAUCCGCGGCAUUAUGACACAUCCGAACGAGCCGUUCAGGCUCAUGGUCCCUCAAUUUCCCAGGACAAUUACGAUUGAGGAGAAUGAUAAGAAGUUGAUUUCCACAUACAAGCUCAAGGGCCGCGAGAUGAUGAACUUGGUGUGGGAGCCCGGGGUUUCGGCAGCUGUGAAGAAGGAUCCGUUCUUGAAGGCAACGGUUGCGAGCCAGGCCAAGGAAAUCGUAGUACCUACGCUAGCGAUGGGUGAUGACAACGAGGAGGAGGAAGCGGAUACUAAAGCUGAGUCAUCGACGUCGACCGCCAACCAAGGGGCAUCGAACAAUGAGAAAAGUAGCGGACAGAGCAUGGACCCAGAAGCUGUUAAGAAGAAGCUGAGCAAGUUCCUCGGGUUGAACAAGAAAAAAUGA